AUGCCUUCUUCACAUUCAGCAAUUGUUACCGCUCUAGCUAUGGCCGUUGGUUUACAAGAAGGCUUUGGAGGAUCUCAUUUUGCUAUAGCUUUGAUCCUCAAAUCCAUUGUUCUCGAUCAGAUUGUGUAUGAACUUCCUGAAGAGCAUCCCCUCGCUGAAAGUUUACCGUUGCGUGAACUUCUCGGUCAUACUCCUCCGCAGGUCGUUGCGGGUGGAGUGCUUGGGACUGUCACAGCACUUUUUGGAUACUUAAUCACAUUGAUGCGUAGCUGA